CACUGAGGUUUGGGAUGUGGAGAUGAAUCCUGCAGUCAGUCCUCUCCUGCAGGUUUGCUUCUCUGAAGAGAAAGAUGCUGCUGGUUAAUGCAGAAGUUCCCUCCCAAGCAGACCUUGGCAAGAAGAGAAACCCUGGGCUGAAAAUUCCUAAGGAAGCCUUUGAGCAGCCACAGACGAGCUCCACGCCACCCAGAGAUUUGGACUCCAAAGCCUGCAUCUCUAUUGGUGAGGAGAACUUUGAGGUGAAGGCCGAUGACCUGGAGCCCAUCUCCGAGCUGGGACGAGGUGCGUACGGGGUGGUGGAGAAGAUGCGGCACAUGCCCAGCGGGCAGAUCAUGGCAGUGAAGCGGAUCCGAGCCACGGUGAACAGCCAGGAGCAGAAGAGGUUGUUGAUGGAUCUGGAUAUCUCCAUGAGGACGGUGGAUUGUCCCUUCACCGUCACCUUUUACGGGGCGCUUUUCCGAGAGGGAGACGUGUGGAUUUGCAUGGAGCUGAUGGAUACCUCACUGGACAAAUUCUACAAACAUGUCAUUGACAAAGGCCUGACGAUUCCUGAGGACAUCCUGGGGAAAAUUGCAGUCUCUAUUGUAAAAGCACUAGAACAUCUCCACAGUAAGCUCUCCGUGAUCCACCGAGAUGUAAAGCCCUCUAACGUGUUGAUCAAUACGCAGGGGCAGGUGAAAAUGUGCGAUUUUGGGAUUAGCGGUUACCUCGUUGACUCUGUUGCUAAAACCAUGGAUGCAGGAUGCAAACCCUACAUGGCUCCUGAGAGAAUUAACCCGGAGCUGAACCAGAAGGGAUACAGUGUCAAAUCCGACAUCUGGAGCCUGGGGAUCACCAUGAUCGAGCUGGCCAUCCUGCGCUUCCCCUACGACUCCUGGGGCACGCCCUUCCAGCAGCUCAAGCAGGUGGUGGAGGAGCCGUCGCCGCAGCUCCCAGCGGAGAAGUUCUCAGCGGAGUUCGUGGAUUUUACCUCGCAAUGCUUGAAGAAGAAUUCCAAAGAACGGCCAACAUACCCAGAGCUUAUGCAACAUCCUUUCUUCACCCUGCACGAAUCCAAAGAGACAGACGUCGCCUCUUUUGUCAAGCUCAUCCUGGGAGACUGAGAACUGGACUUGUAAAAGAAUUGCCCUUCUGUGGACUGGUGGGUGCAGGGGAGGGGCGCGUGGCAGGACUUGUCAUGGAAGCACCAACAGAAAGUCGCCGUGUUUUGUUUUGUUUUGUUUUUAUUCUGAGAAACCCCCGCCUCGCCCGAGUUUUUUUUAAAGGGUUCUUUGGUAUCCAUAGUGACAUAGAACGAGCUGGUUAGUGGAAUGAAUUUUAAUAAGGUUGGUAACCUUAAAACAAAAACAAAACAACAAAAAAAAAAUCUUUUUUGAAAGAGUGAUUUACAUAUUUAAUGACAGUCGAAGUUCCUCUUCCUAACUUGCUCCUCAUCCCCCUUCCCUUCCCCUUGAACCAGAAUUUGCUUUGUCAUGGUAAUAGGUGCUAUGGUAGUCAUGAAGUUGUAUGUAGAUUUAUAUUUUGUCCCUUCCAUUAUUUUAAUAUUUAUGUUAAGUGCUUGAUGGAAUAGAUUUCUGUUUUAUAUGAGGAUGAGUGCGUGGUGAUGAUGAUGAUGAUGAUGCAAAAUGAGGCCGCAGCAAGCAGCACUUGUAGGGCUCGCUGGGGAAAAGGUGCCCAAGGAGAGGAGAGAGGAGAAGUGUCUCUGUUGUGGAAUAUAUGUGAUGUGCAUCAUAAAAGGAACGGAUAAGCAAGCCUUGCUGCUCGAGCUGUGUCAGGGAGGGAGGCCCUGGUGUCCCCUGUGGUCACCUCCUCUCCGGACACCGCGCUCUGAGUCCGGCCAGAGCUUCCAGCCCUGUCCCCCUGCCCUGCUCUGCUGGAGAGGGCAGGCUGGGAGCUCUGGGAAUUGCUGGGACAAUGUCUGGGACAAAAGGCCCAGAGGGAAGGAGUUGUCAGAGAAGUUGCACAAAGAAGAGGAGGAGCUGUCCUGGUCGGUGCCCAGCAGCGUUGCAGUGCCCGAGGCUCCCUUGGGCUGGGGAUGAGCUGCUCGGGGGCUCGGGGGGAGCUCCUCUCUCGGAUGAGCCGGGAUCACAGGAUGCACAGCACCCCUCAGGAGUGGGAUGGAUUAGCGGAUGGAUCCCUGGGCUCCAUCCCUCCGUGCUUGCCCGGGGAUUGCAGCGCUCCCAGGAGCCUGUGCUGGCCUGGGCGUUGGGCUGUGCCCAGCCCCAGCUGGAUGCUGCAGGCAGCGCUGGGCUCUGCCUGGGAAACCACGCAGGGACACCACAGCCCGCCCUGACCAGGAGCUCCCUGCUGCUGGCCUCGGGGACGAGCUGCGAGCCAGGGACAGGAGAAGGUGGGAGAGGAGCUGGAGAGCGUUGUGCCCUCGGGUCAGUCACUGUCUGGAGCAGGGGGCACUGGGAGUGUUGGCUCCACGUUAACGCUGGUUUGAGCCAUGCCUGCCCAGCUGCCUGGCCCGGGGCUCCUUCCCCCAGCCCUGGAACGAGGCCUGCACGAGUGCCUCGUGCCCUGCAUGCGCUUCCAUCCCCACCCCUCGCUUGGGCACAGCCCCUGGGAGCCAGAAACACACCCUGCUCUGCAGGGCUGAGCCAAGCAGGGUGUCACUGAACCUUGCAGGGUGUCACUGACCCCUGCUCUGCAGGGCUGAACCUUGCAGGGUGUCACUGAACCUUGCAGGGUGUCACUGAACCAGUGCAGGGUGCACUGACCCUGUGCUGGGUGUCACUGACCCUGUGCAGGGUGUCACUCAUCCUGUGCAGGGUGUCACUCAUCCUGUGCAGGGUGUCACUGAACCAGUGCAGGGUGUCACUCAUCCUGUGCAGGGUGCACUGACCCUGGGCAGGGUGUCACUCAUCCUGUGCAGGGUGUCACUGAUCCUGUGCAGGGUGUCACUGAACCUGUGCAGGGUGUCAUUGCCAGGUUAGCAGCUCCAGGCUCUGCUGGUGCAGGUUGGAACAGUCUGAGCGGAUUUUGGGAAUCCCCUGGAAGGGCUGAAGGGGAGGGCAGUGUUCAGAGCAGGGGCUCUGGGGUGCUGGGGACAUGCCAACACUUCCAAGAGGCGCACAAAGACACCGCCAGUGCCUGGGCUGUCACUGUCCCUGCCACCACAGGGGUGGCUGUGAGCCUGGGGUGGUGCAGCCCUGCCCUGGGGCUGGCAGUGACAGAGACAGGGGAGCAUUUAUCGGGGUUUAUGGAUCCUUGUGCCCUCAGCUGCAGAGCAGGGGGCUCACAGAGGGCUUGCAGGAAUCAGGGUGCCAUUCAGGGGUGGUGCAGGCUUUGGGGAGCAGGUUCCCCUUGCUCAGCCCUGCCCCAGGAGCCUGCCCAGCCCUCGGGAAAGGAUAAGCUCCACACCCCGCUCCGUGCCGAGGGGAACCUUUCAGGUUACAUUUCGUGGCAGAUGAAACACGAGGAUGUUUUACUUCACAGUGUAAUUUUAAGAGGCCUCGCAUGGCUCAUGAUCUGCCCUCUCAUAUUCCAUGGUGUGUGUGUGUGUUUUCUCUCUCUCACUUUCUCAGAGUCACAGAGCUGUUUUGAUUGAUUGUCCUCAGCUGCAGCUGAAAGUCCAGCCAGCCACUUUAUAGACUCGGUUCCAGCAUCAAUUCUCACUUUGAAAAACAUGACAUUUAAAACCACCCUUUGGUUUUCCUACAUAUGGAUCUGAUGCUUUUGUUAAAGAUUGUUUUUGCUGUUUUUCCCCUGCAAUAUAAGUCUCGUUUGGACACCGCAUCUCCUUGACCUCAGAGCACCUUCAUUUCAGUGCCAUUGUAAUUGACAGGUCGAAUUUAUGAGAUACUGUCAAAGCUCAGUAUUUAUAGCAGAUAUUAAUGUCACCAGCGUUUUCCAAUAGAGAAUUAAUGGCAGUGUUUUCUGCAGCUGGUGACCCUCUGAAAGGAUUCCUCCGUGCCUCCACACAGGGCUUGCUUUUAUGCUUUCUGCUCUAAUCCUUUUGUUUUAAUGACAUUACAAUAGGGCACGCAACAAAUCACUUCCCUUCCCUGCUCCUUCUCCGUGACUUUGUUCCUUUCAAAGUCGUUUGCGCCAGCCCAGGGUAAGUGUGGAGCUGUGUGAGGGUGAGGAAAGCGCUGUGAGAUGCACAGGGCUCUGGCCCUGCAUCCCUCCACAAAGCUUGGCCUGACACAGGAGUUCCUGAGAGAGAAGCCUGAGCUUGGUGGCUUCAGCUCGGGGAGGAGAGCCAGGGACUCCUGUGUGCCUCAGAGCCCUGCUGGGCUGCAGGAUCAGAGUCAGGCUCUUCUCUCUGCGGUUUCAUGUGACCUCUGUGAAGAUGAAAAGCCUUUGGUUGCUGCUCAGAUCUUUGCUUGGCCAGAGCACGAGCACAGGGACAGACACAGGCUCUGGGACAUGGAACCUUUCCUGGCAGCCUGGCCCCCUGGGCAGCCCAGGUGUUGAGGUUUAGGGAUGUUCUUCACAAAGGUUUUCUGUGUUCACACAGUUCAUUUGGGCUUGGGAUUGCCCCAGACUGGAAUUUUUAGAGAAGCAGGUCUUGAAAGACCCCCAGAGCCAGGGAGCAGAGCUGUGGGAGCUCAGCACUGAGCUGUGAGCUGGACCAGCUGUGGAGAGGGCCUCUCCAGCCUGCCACAGGUUACCAGCAGGCACAGCCCAUCCCCAGGGCUGCCCAGGUGUGUGGCCAUCCUCCUCUUGCCACCUCCUGCAAUCUCCAGGGUGCUGCAGGCCUUGCCAUCGCUGGAGCUCUGAAGUCUCACUGGCAGGAAAGAUGUUUUUUGGGUCCCCAAGAGUCUUUUGCACCCUUAAAUCUGGCAGAGGAGUUGGAGGGCAUUUUCUGGUUACUGUUUGAAACCCCAGGUUCAUGCUGCUGCACUGGGUACAAUGCCCAUCUUCCCUGGAGUUCUUCCAGGUGCACAGACCUUGACACAGGUAUCUCUGUACUGUAUUUCUCUGGUUUUCCCUGGCUUUUGUUGAGUUUACUGGUGACAAAGAGGCAACUCUGGCUUGUUAAAGUUAAAAAAAGUUAAAACUUUAUUUCUGGAGGCAGUUGGUGGGUCCCUACUUGGAAAAAUCUCUAAAAAAUAAUCUCAAGUCAUCUCCCUGUAGCUGAGCAGGUGCUGCUGCACCUUUUUCUGCUGGGAAGGCUCAGCAGGGAUUUCUCCAUGCCCGCUGCCAGCCAGGGGUGUACCUGCACAUUUCCCUUCUUCCCUGCACGUUCUGGAAGAGGAAAUCCUGCUUGAUCAACACAGCAUUGCUUCAGUGGCUGCUCUGGUGUGGUUCAGACAAGGUUCCCACCAAGCUCCCGUGUUUAAUAAAUCUGUUUUAUUCAAAACAACCCCCAAACUCCUCUCUCAGAAAAACCAGCCAAGAUGCUCCUUUUUUUUUUUUUAUUUCCCCUUCCAUCUUGUUCCUGUUAGAGGAACUCUGGGAGCCCGUCUUGGUGCUUUCACUCUUCCACAUGCCAAAGAUCCCACUUAGUUGUGCUCUUGCCAAACCAGAUCUUGUAGUCCUGCCUCUAAAACCAUCCAUUUCCCUGCUCCUUGGGGUUCCUUUUGUUGCUGUUGCUUUUUCAUUGAAUUUCCUCGUGUUUAUUGACACGUCUAUUGUUGAGCUUCCUGGACACAUGCAGCUCUCUUUUUUGGGAUACAGGGAAAGACAAAUAGUUGCCUUCACUUGUGUGCCCCUGCUGUUGGGGAAAUACUGUCAGUGGUGUGAUUCCUACAGAUGGGAUGGGUCUCAUGUCGAGCUGGGCUCAUGGAGGGUGUAAACUGGCACUGCUCCAUUGGCUUGGCUGGAACAAGGCCAGUUUUGUCCAGCUGAGAAUCUGUCCUUAGAUUUUAACUCUCUAAACAGUUAUUACACACUAAUAAAGAUUAAUGAUGGUAAAUCCCCAGGGAUUAGACAUAAAAUGGCAAGUUUUGCUCAUUAAUCUUUAUUGCCACGUUACGGUUGUUGAUGUUAGAGCCUCUCUCUGCUCUGGCCGUGCACAGAGGAGGGGGCUGAGCCUGGGGAGAUGAAGGCUGGACAGAACACACAGAACACACCAGAUGUCCACAUGUUUUACACUCUGUGUCUUCCCCCCAGGUUCCUUUAUUCCUUGAAAGCCCUUAACCAGCAGCAGAGGAUGGAUCCCAGAGCUUUGCCUGCUCCUCUGGCCUCUGCCUGGGCUGUAAAACCCAGAUUGUUUCUGCUGAGAAGGGAUCAGAUCUCCUCAUUAAUAUUUCAGCUCAGCCUUUGCUGGAGCAGAUGGAGAAUGUGAAAUUUGCCCUGUGCUCUGCAGAGCUGGGAGAUUCACCCUGGAGGAGUGGCAGCUCUGUUGGAGGCUGAAAGGACUCUGCUCCUUCACAUAACCCCACUCCAUAAAAACAGUGGCUUUUGUUAAUGAAUAGGGGCAGAAAAAGCUGCAUCUCAGUUCUGAGGUGUUUGCAGAUGAAUAAACACAGCCAGGAGCUCUGGUGGUGCCAGUGCUGCAGGCACAAAGAUCCAUUGCUGGAGAAAUGAAAGGGACUCUGAGAGUGCAGUGAACUUUAAGGGUGGGUUUAAUGGCAAUUAAAACAAAAUGAGUCCUGUGAUGGGCAGCUGGUGUCAGUGCACUCUGCCAGGGAGGGUCUGGAGCAGCAGGAGAGGCAGGACACAGCCACAGGUCCAUCGAGGGCACGGCCUGAGAGCAGCCUGGCUGCCCCUUCCCUCCCCACAUCUUCCUUCAGGCCCAGAUUGAUGGGCAGUGGGUCCCAGGUUGCCACUGGGAAUCUAAAUCCAGGGAUUUAAAAAACCUGCAAGUGGCCCAAGGCACGCUGCUGCUGCAUGGCCUGAAAGGAUGGGAAAGGCCUGGGAGAGACCUCUGUAGCUGAGAGAGAAGAGGGGAAACUUUUCAGGCCUCUAAGCAGCUUCAUGCUGGAAUUACUCAAUUUUCAGGCCACCAGGAGGAGGGAGUUCACCAGGGAGCAGCUGGGGCUGCAGGAUGGUUGUGGUGUGGCUCCCUCAGAGCAUCCCUGGGAUGCUGGAGAGCUCUUGGCCUCCCUGGACACCUGACAGGGAGAGAGAGGCUCCUUCAUCUUUGUGUUCUGUGCCUGGGAUUUCACUGGCCCCAGCGGGAAGGGGCCUCAGCUGUCCAUGGAGUGGGGAAGGAGCUGCCUGUCCUCUCCAGUUCCCUCUCCCUGAUCCCACAGCUGGGAAUUGGCCAAGCAGCCACCCUGCAGGGCUCAGCCCCAGCGGGAGCUCCUCAGGUUUGCUGCCAUUCCGCUCAAACUCCUUUUGGGAGCGCUGGAUCUGCAGCAGCCCCGCUCCGAGGUGCCUCAGCCCAGCCAGGAUGGGCCACAAGCCCUUCCUCGAGAGGCUCCUGGUUUUUAGAGGACGGGGCGAGCGUCCAGCGGCCGCGAGGUUCUGCGGGGACAAGCCGGGAAAAGCUUGGAAGCGCCUGAAGCGCGCUGGAAGUAGAGAUGGAAAUCUCAAAAGAUCAGACGUCUUUCGGCGAUUUCCAAAGCUAUCUGCUUUUAGCCAGACCUGAAAUCCCUUCCUAGAAGUUUUAUUUCGGGGUAUUUUGAUCUGUUACUUUCACUUUUGGGCUUAGCUAAAUCCAGGAAACCUCGGAGCGGUGUAAUUUUUGAAUAAAGACUAAACACACCCCGAGUAUUCCUGAGCUGAUCAGGAAAGCUGCUGCUUGGUUUAUCUUCCAGGAAUAAUUCAGGCCAGAUCAGGCUUUAAUUCAGUCUGGUUCUGCCCCUAGAUAAUGAUUCUUGUUGAGGAAAUAAAAAGAGCAGACCAGGAUCUUUCCAAAAGGCUGUGACCUGACACACCAAACCAUUCCAGGAGAUGGAUGGAGAUAAAUGCUCCAGUGAGAGGGGCCAAUGUCUGGAGGCUGGAACAGCAGCCUGGAGUAUCUGUGGCCUCCAAAAACUCACACAGACACAGGAAUUGUGGGAUGGAGGUGUUGGAUUCUGCCAUUUCACGGGAUUUUUCCCUCUAGGAGAGAGCAUUCAGCCGUCUCAGAGUGCCCCAGAACACCCAAAAAUCCUUCAGCAUUUUUAUAUUUUUUUAUUUUUUUUUCAGGAUGGAUACUGUGAAAAGUCAGGAAGGGCCAGCUGUCCUUGAUUUGCACAGGCAGGGUGAAGAAAUGUGGCUUUGGUGCCUGAUAAAAGCCAAGAAAAGGUGUGUUUAAAGAUAAAUCCCAGUCUCUGUCAGAGCUGCUGAGCCAGGAUCAAAUUUUCCCAAAUCCAGGUACAGCUGCAGAGCUCUCCAUCCAUAUUUAGCCCAAAUUUAAUCACAAAUCCUGCAUAAACACCUACAGCAUGGACUGUGCCUUCUGGGGGGCUUCUGGCAGAUUUGGGGCUCAGAAUCCAAUAUCCCCCAAGCCAGGAUUUGGCUCUGAAUAUUCCCUUUAAAAUCCAUGUGUAAAGUGAAUUUCCAGGGCUCGGCUGCUGUUUUUAUUUUGGUGAAUCGAGUGGUUUGUGCUUGGUGAGAGCUGUCCCUGUGCCAGGGGCUGCUGGAAAUAGUCACAACAUCCAAAAUAGCUGGAAUUCUGCAUUUUUUAAAUAGGAAUACGACAAGGGGAAGCUGCUAAAUGUAGCUUCCUGUAAGCUGGAAAUGUGUCGGAGUAAAAUUUGUCAUUUCUUGUAGAGAAAAAACAAAACAAAACGAAACAACUCUCCAAAAUUGUCCAAAAUCUUCAAUUUAAGGAAUUACAGUUUUAUUGGCAAAGAUCCACGUUCAGAAAUCCCAUCAAUAGAUAGGAUUUUUAGACUUUCUAUCUUAAGGUGUGAAAUCUGCUUUUUCUCAAGAUGGUGGGAAAUCUGUAAUAAGGAUAUUUCUAAAUAAUUCUGGCUAGGGAAAAAAAAAAAAAACCCAAAAAUGGAAAAGCACCGAGAUCCCAGUGUUCUCUGGUGUUGAAGAGGGCACAUGAACAUGUUGGGAAGGAGAAGACUUUUCAACCUGCUGUAAUGCAAGUCCUUAUUUUACUUCAUUUUUAGGGUUUUUUUUUUACAGUAACAUCACUUGGUUUCUUAACUGGGAAAGUCUCUGCUUUUCCAUCCCCGUGGAAAGCUGAUUAUUCUUUCUCAUGUUCUUCUUAUUUAUUAUUUAUCCCUUUCUGGUACUAUCCAAGAGGUGCUGAAGGUAUCUCCCAGCCUGCCCUCGAGCCAUGUGGGAUCCCUGUGGUAGCUCCUAACAGCUGGGAUGGCAGUAGACAGCUAAUUAUGAUUUUAAAUUAUAUUUAUAGCAACUUAGAUUAUUAUUUUUUUGUUUUUUAGUGUCUCGGUUUGCAUUAGAAUUAGGGACGGGGAUAAGGAAUCUUGUUUUAAAAUAUUCUAAAUUUUUUUUUGGAGUUUUGGGGGCUUCUGAAGAAACCUGCUCACUUUUAGGUUUUUAGUAGGGAAGCACGAGGUGGGUUUCAGAUGUUCCUUUGAGAGGGGAUUGAGUAGCACCAGGGUUCAGUUUAGCUGGUAGAAUGCUCUGUCAAAUCACUAAAAUCAAUUAAAUCAAUCAGUAAAAUCAGCUGAAUUCUGAGAAGACAGCCACUUUCCACCUGAAAAUUCAAAUCUGGUUGGUGACGAAUUUGGUUUGUCCCAGGCUCGUGCCAGGCUUUUCUCUGUCAAACCUGGAGUUUGCUGGAGCCCUGGGUGGUGAGGACUGGCCAAGGCAGGGCUGGGGACAGCCAAGUGUCACCUCUGGGGCUGGAGGACACGUGUCCUGCAGAAAUAAUGGAGCAAUUCACGAGCAGCUGCCUGCUCUGGGGGAAUCCCUCAAGUGUGAGGCAGAAUCGGGGCUUUGGGGCUCAAAACCCAUCAGGUUUUGUUCUUUUUAUCCCCUUUCUCCCCUUGGAAAGGUGCUUCAGAAACCUCCCCAGCCUUUCUGAUAAAGAAUAACAGAACCAGAGAACCACAGAGUCACGUAGGGUGGAAAAAACCUUUAAAAUCAUCGAGUCAACCAAAAACUCAGCGCUGCCAAGGCCACCACUAACCCCGUCCCCAAGUGCCACAUGCACACAUUUCCAGCCCUUCCAGGGAGGGUGACUCAAGCCCUUCCCUGGGCAGCCUGGGUGCUGUGGUGCAGCUGUUUCCAGACAGCUCACGCCGCUUUUCUGGUUUGUUUUCUUUCCCCAGCGUAUAAGAAACGCUGGGUAGCAGAAUGUGGAAUUGAUUAGAAGUUCAUAAAGCAGGGACCUCAGAAGGAUGUGGGUAUAAAUGCUUUU